CAGCAUCUGACUUUUACAAGAUGUAGCAGACAGCUUCCAACUCCCCCAUCAUUUCUUCUGUUUGAGCAGAAUGCUUCUUCCUCUGGAAAAUGGACGCUAGUAUGCUUCAGGUUUCCGCAGAGCUCCAACCAGGCAACGCCAGCUGCAACGUGUCUUCGCCAUGCUUGGAGCUGCCCACCUUCACCACCGCUGCAAAAGUCCGGGUGAUCGUCACCUUCAUCCUGUGCGGCGUGUCGGCCUUCUGCAACCUCGCCGUGCUGCGCGCAGCCUACACAGACCGCAAGCGCAAAUCCCACGUCCGGGUGCUGAUCGUCAACCUCACGCUGGCCGACCUCUUGGCGACCUUUGUGGUAAUGCCCGUGGACGCGGUGUGGAACAUCACAGUGCAGUGGGUGGCGGGGGACCUCACCUGCAGGCUCCUGAUGUUCCUCAAGCUCCUGGCCAUGUACUCGGGCGCCUUUGUCACCGUGGUGAUCAGCUUGGACCGCCAGUCGGCUAUUCUUCACCCGCUCGCCAUCAACAAGGCUCGGAGAAGGAACAAGUUCAUGCUGGCGGCGGCGUGGGGCAUGAGUGUCUUGCUGUCCGUCCCCCAGAUGUUCCUGUUCCAUAUUGUGACCAUCAAGCAUCCCCAAGAUUUCAUGCAGUGCACCACUCGAGGGAGUUUCAAGAGCCACUCGUACGAGACGGCGUACAACAUGUUCACCUUCUUCUGCCUGUUUCUGCUGCCCCUGGUUAUCAUGAUCACGUGCUACACCAGGAUCUUUUUUGCCAUCUCCAAGCGCCUGAAAAAGGACAACGUUUCCUCUACUGACGUACAGUUACGCUGCUCCAAGAACAACAUCCCCAGAGCUCGCAUGAGGACUCUAAAGAUGAGCGUCGUGAUCGUGUUGUCGUUCAUUAUCUGCUGGACUCCUUAUUACCUGUUGGGCCUGUGGUACUGGUUCUUCCCUGAUGACCUGGAAGGGAAGGUUUCCCACGCACUCACCCACCUGCUCUUCAUCUUCGGUCUAGUUAAUGCCUGCCUGGACCCGCUUAUCUACGGCCUCUUCACCAUUCGCUUUCGCAAGGGUCUCCUCCGCAGGUUCCACUGUCGCUCCCAAGCUACAGCCGACACGGACGUCAAUACGGUUAUAACUGUAUCUUUUCCUGGCUCCGCCAACGCCAUAUUGCCGAAACAGGAGAUGAGCCCUUGCAGCCAAGAGAUGUCCCCGAUGUGCAGCGGUCAUGAUAGCGAAGGGCCAGGAAGCAGCGAUGCACGGAGACCUGGACACAAAGAUCUGGAAAGCAUUAUAUGA